GAUUGACAUGAUUUCAUGAACUAAUCAUACACUUCUUAUGUGGUAACUCCAACUAUCUAGUAUUCAAUAUUGAGUGCAUUUAAAAUAUUGUGCAAUAUUGAAUUGUUUUUAUUUCUAGCAUUAGAGUAAUAUUUUUUUACGUAGGUAAGGAUGAAUAGGUUUGUUUGAUCAAUAUUUUAUAAACAACGUAAAACCACAGCCUACUAGUUACUAUAAUAUCAGUACUAUGGACCUAACAGACUUAUCUGGGACUGUUGAAUUUUCCGAUAAAGAACUACUUGACGAAAUUCAACAAUCUUCACAAUACAAUGAAGUGCAAGCCAGAUUAAUACUUACAGAGGAGCAGGAAAAUGACCUGCGUCAAGCCUUCAAUUUACUAGACUACACAGGAGAAGGGAAAAUUAAAGCAGAAGAUUUCCGUGUCGCCAUUAAAGCGCUAGGUUAUGAGCCGACCAAAGAAGAACUCCAGCGAAUGAUUCAAGGCGUCGACAAAGGAGACACUGGUAAACUUAGCUUUGAAAACUUCGAAACUGCCAUCAUGAGGAAAAUUAUGUCAUUGGAUAGUGAUGGCGAUAUCAUGAAGAGUUUUCGGUUAUUUGAUAUGGAUGAUAGUGGGUAUAUAUCCUUUGAAAAUGUGAAACGUGUAACACAGAUAUUAGGAACACAUUUAAGCGAUGAAGAGAUUGAAGAAAUGAUUGAUGACGCUGAUAAAGAUUUUGACGGUUAUAUUUCCGUUGAGGAGUUUAUGAGAAUGAUUAAAACUUCUGUUCAUAUUGUAACUCCGUAAAUUUGUAUUACAAAUUUUAAUUUGCAAUAGCAAAAGUUAAUAAAUUUAAUAAAUGUGCAAAUUUGUUUAAUUUUUAAUUCAUUCCAUAUAUCAAACACAACUAAAUAUUUCACAUUUCAUUUCAUUCGGGCAUAGUGCAUGUUAGAGUUUUUUAAAUUACAGAUAACUUACGAUCAAGAAGUUCAGAUACUUUUUUUUUUUAAAUAAAAUUCUUAUUUUUAAAUAAAAAAAACAUUAUUUUUCAAUCUUUGUACUCUUUACAUUUUGAAGUUGAAGAGCAAGUGAUGUGAACCAAGAUGAC